GGCAGGCGGUGGUGCAAUGGGUCGGCCAUGGCGUCAGGCCGCCGCCCGCUCUCUGCGGCAGUCCGGCUAUCACCUGUCUCUGAUAAUCCUCUCGGUGCCUUUCUGCACGCAUUUAUACAAGCACUUUUCUUCUGUCGUGAUCUUCCACCUCUCUACGCUGAGAUAAAGGACUGCCUCCUUCUGUCUUGUCACCUUCGGUCUGCUCUACGCUGAAGUGGAGAAUAGUCGUACCGGCCAACGAAAGGACCCCGCAGCCUUUCCUCCCCUCUUCGCCCACUCAACACUACGACGACUCUGGGUAUAGCGAUUCCAUACGACAAUCUCUAGACCCAACUCUCUGCAAACUACUCUAUAUUCUGUCAAAUCCGCACACAGGUGAUCGCGUGCCCGCAAAAGAUCAGCCACGAUGUUGAAGAUAUGGUCGAUGAAACAACAGCAGCAGCAAGCUGAAAAUGCCGAAGGAGCUGCUGGUAAAAAGAAGAAGAAGGUCACCGCCGCCCAGCUGCGCGUGCAACGAGACCUGCAAGAGCUCACCCUCGGAAGUACAAUGAAAAUGUCCUUCCCGAACCCCGACGACAUCUUGAACUUCACUCUCACUAUCGAGCCGGAUGAGGGCAUGUACAAGGGCGGCGCAUUCCACUUCAACUUCACGGUUAACCAGAAUUUCCCGCAUGAUCCGCCGAAGGUUAAGUGCACGCAGAAGAUCUACCAUCCGAAUAUUGAUCUCGAGGGAAAUGUGUGCUUGAAUAUUUUGAGGGAGGAUUGGAAGCCUGUCUUGAACCUGAAUGCUGUUAUUGUGGGGAUGCAGUUCCUCUUCCUGGAACCGAAUGCUUCCGAUCCGCUGAACAAGGAGGCCGCCGACGAUCUGAGACAGAAUCGGGAAGCGUUCAAGCGCAACGUCAGGACGUCUAUGGGUGGUGGUAGCGUGAGGGGGAUACAGUAUGAGCGGGUUAUGCGGUGAAUGGUGGCCUGGCCUGCCCUGUGUUGGUAGGUAGUGAAAUUAGGUGCUCUUGCCUGAUGGGCAUGGGGUAUAAUGGUGGAGGAUGCAGUGUGUGUCGUGUGUUGAUUAGGGGAGUUUUACGUGCAUGGCCUACAUUUCCACUUGGAUUAAUUAGCGACUGGAUAGAUUCCCUGCUUAUGAAAGAAAUGAACACAUCUUUAAAAAAACACCACUGUACUUGAUGUAAUCAAUCUUACCUUUGGAGUAUGAGCUACGGAGCACAC